AUGCAAGCGUUCAAUGUGGACAUUCCUGGCGCCACACGACAAGUGUCCGCACGGCAGCAGGGGACGCGCGGUCGGCAGUAUAUUUUCGGGGCGAUCGCAUUAUCGAUUUGCGUCUUUUUGGCGAUCCCGCUACUUUCGCUGAUCUGGAAAAACAACGGGACAGACAGUGGGGGUCAUGAUUAUGUCGCGUUGACCGUGCCAAGUGAGUGGGGGCAGUUCUGCUGGACAUCCAAAGUGACUCCCGGAGUUGUGAUUGCAACCUAUGCGUCUGGCAGCUAUACGGAUUUUCUGCCGACCUUCAGGCUGCAAGCUGAAGCGUUGAAUGCACGGUUGCUUGUGUUCGGUCCAGAGAACAUCUCCGACCUCAAGGAGCCGCCGCAAUGCAAAGGUGAGAGCAAAUCUGAUUGGGAUGCCAGCGAGAUUCCGUGCGUUCCACCGCCAUAUGCGGGUACGCAAUGCUUUAAAUGGAAGCCCCUGAUCGUGCAACAAGCUUGGGACCAGAUGCGCGAAGAUGAGGAUGUUUUGAUUUAUUUUGAUUCUCGGACUUUGAUAUUAGGUGACCUAAGCUGGCUUGUCGAAGAAGUUCGUCAACAUGGUAGCGGCUUGUUUGCCCACGUGGGCAGAAACCCGUGGGAGAGCGUAAAACGUGCAGUUUGGGACAAUCUUUCGCUUGACCCACGUACUGUUGGGGAUCAGGGUGUGUUCCAAACAAGUGCGAGCGCAUUCGGACUUUCGAAGCGUCACGAUGCUAGUAUCCAGUUGCUAAAAACCUGGACUCGAAUGGCGAUGGACCCAUACCUCCUCUGCAAUUGUAAGGCUCGCAGUGGCAAUCCAGAGUAUGACGGUUUCGUUUACCACCAGCACGACCAGGCACUCCUCACCGCCAUAUGCGUAGCUCAAACCGGGUCAACCCCGUGCCAUGUAAUCGAGACCCCAUCGCACUAUUUGAUACCAAGCGUUGGGAGCGAUUGGAUGUCAGACCACCACGUUAUCUGCGGCUGCGGUGCAGGCGACUGGGAUCAGCACGACGCUGACUGCCGGGCGAACAGCUGCCGCGAUGAGGCGGGCCCGCUGUGUGAGCGACCCGCCGGCCCAGAGGCAAUGGAAUUGUUGGGCAAGUAUCUCCUUGGAAAGAAGUUGCGGUCCAGGCAGAGCCCCGAGGAGCUGCUGCCGUGCGAGCUGCAGAUGUGA